AAACCGUCUAAAGACGCUUUAACAAAAUUCCGGCAAUCCAUGCUACUUUGCUGCAAAAUUCAAUACUGAACCUCUACUCAAAUGCUAUAACAUCUUUGGGGUGUACCGCUAGCAGGAGCUGAGAGUUUGGUUUCUCCACAUUCCUCAGUGCGUGCUAUGGCAUUUUCUCUGCCAAAAUUCUCUCUAGCGAAUUUAAGUAGAGUUCGUUUUUCCGUGUGCUCUACGCACACGCAAACACAUGCCAGACGUUGAAGCUUUGUGAGUGUCUGUUUGACGGUGGAUAGGGUAGUUCUUGUGACCCGAACUACCGCCCCUGAAAUUACCAUACGUUGUACUAUCACACAUGCACAUCCAUCUUAUGUUGCUCGGGUUGCAUCCCCAGCCCUUGCCUUCCGGACGUUUGCGCAUCAUUAAAGCUUUUUUGAAUCUAGAAAUGGGUGCGCCUAAGCGCUGUUUUCAUAGGGAUUUGUUAAACCUGGUCAUUCCUAAAUAGUUCACUUCACUUGUAUCGCUGUCCGGAAGGGCAGAUUGGUUGGUUGGGUCCUUUUAUUAAGUAUAAGGUCUCUUUGAAUUAUUUCGAAGAGGGACAUGUCGAAAUUUCUUUCAGCGAUUAUGAAUUUCACCAAAAAAAAAACUAGAAAAAUUUGUUUUCGUUUUGCUUUAUAAAUUUUGGGAAUAUUUGUUCACGUGAAAUUCGCGAUAGCGCCGAAUAUUUCCCCCCCCCCCAGCUGUAGUAGCGCUGGCCGGAUUCCAUCCACUCCAAGAUAAUAAUAAUAAUUAUAAAAAUUUGUUAGUUAAGAAGUAACCGGUUCCACUUUAUAUAUAUGGAAACUAAAAUUUUUUUAACUUACAACGUGUUGUUAGUUAUAUUCUAAUCAUAAAUAUAUAAUUAUCACGAAAAUCAUUUGUUAUGCAUAAUUUUACUCCAAAUUAAUUUAUUUUUUUAGUUUUUUCGUUGUAAUACUAUAUUUUAGUUUAAAUGUGCUCUUAUUUGUAAAUAAUAUGAAAUAGUGGCGUUAUUUAUAUACAUACAUACGUAUAGUAUAAGUUUAUUUAAGCUUAUCCCUUUAAUUAAUUUUUUAUUGCAGUAAAUUAAAAUAAUAAGUAAUAAAAAUUUAAAUACACAAAAACUUGAAUUGGCUUAAAUCAAAACCCUUAAAUAAAAAGCUGUGAAUUCAGUUACGGCCAAAUCCAAAAAAUGUUUUUUGUACCUAAAAAUUUUUUUAAACCCUCAGAAACAAAAAGAAGUUUACUGAAUUCACACUAUUUAAUGCACUUUCACUACAAACUCCGAUCAUGUAAAGUAGUCGCUCCGGUUCCGCGCGAGUAAAAUUGGCAGCACUCACAAGUCACAACAAAGAAACAUAGAGAAAACAUGCACUUCAGCCGACUACGCUCAACGCUUGCCACCUUAUGCGCCACCACAUCCACCACCAACAAAACCGUCCAUGAUUAUGCCUACCGCAGCGCCACGCGCACAUCUUCCGCCCACUAAUAAAAAAAAUAAAAAUAAUAAUAAUAACAACAACAACAGCCCACAUCCAUUUUACCUUCUUGCACAUAAAGCAAGUCCGACAUUCGCGUCCAGCAUUGUUGGCGAUAAUAGACCAGCACUGCCGCCAUCAAAUGUCAAACGCAUGGCGCAUGAACUACAAAAUAUGCCAAAUUUUCACCUGCCUAAUGCUGCGCAGCGUACACUUAAUAAACAUUUGGUCGCACCGCCAGUCUACACAGCGCCCGAUGUUAGUCACAAGCGACCAAUGCCUACACCUGCGUCCACUUUUGCACGCCUAGCGACACCCGAAGUGGAUGAGAGUGAAUUUGAUAUGCGCGGCGCUGUUGCAUUGCCACCCGAUACGGGUUCAGAUCAUUCGGGUGGUAGUAAUGAGACUGUGAAGAUCGAUGAUGUUAUAUUGUAUGCCGAUGCAUGAGGAAUGCGGAAUGAGGGGGUGAAUGAGUUGGAGUUGGCAUCCGAAAAGUAUGCUUAAGUGAAAUGUAGUAUAUCAAAGAGUGCAAACAUUUUGCGUUUAGUGUCGAUUUACAAAGGUGUUUCCUUAGCAUACUUUCUUGCUUACUAAUUAAUUCCUUGCAGUCAGGCAAAGCUGUUUAAAUUAGUUGUGAAAAUGCCGUAUGCCUUUUGUUGAAUGUUUUCAUUGAAUGAAACAAUUUUCUGUAGUCACAUAGUAUUAAGAUUAUUAGUUUAAGAAAAGCUAAAUUAAUGUAUGGGUAUAUGUGUGUGUACGACUUUAUAGAUUAACGGCGCUAUUCCCACGCCAAUGACUCAUCGCAUGACUAAUGUUUUGACUAUUGCGCCUAAACUUAGGCGACGAAUAUAAACAUUAGAGAGAAUCUCGAAUUCUUGCAAAGCCCUUGUACGGUGCGCGGAUUGCUAAACUUUGCAAAACUUCGAUAAUCCUCCUAUUUUACAAUUGUUAUCCAGAGCGCUGGAAAUACAGUUGCGACAUAGUUUUAGGCGCAAUAAUUAAAGCAAUAGUCAUGCGAUGAGUUUUGUCAUUGGCGUACGUAUGGGGCUGAGAGAGUGUAAUCCAAUCCAGAAGAGAUAAGUUCGUGUUUUCAAAACGAAUUGGAAAUAGAUUUAUAAUUCAAACAAAAAACCACAUUUUUCAGAACUCUAAAAUAAUGGUUAGAUAUACAUA